CGUGACGAUACCGUUGGCCAUCCUGCCCGCAGUCCUGUCACUGAUCUCUUCUUGUUGUUAGUUUGAAAUUUUCGCAACGACGAGCCCGCCAGUCCGCUCGAGUGCAUACGAGUGUCGAUGAUCGGGUCACAGGUGCGCUUUCGUCAUUUUCGCCAAACGCGCUACUCGGGAAAGUUGUCGCGCGAUUGUUACGCGCGGAAUUGUUACGCGUCGCGUUGCUCCGAUUCGGCGUCGUCCGGAGAUAUCCGGUACGCGAGGCAUUCGAGGACGCGAACGGGAACUCGCAGGGGACAAUGGAGACCAUGGAGUCCGGCGACGAGGAUAUGUUCGCUAUCAGCGACGAGGAUACGCCGUCGCCGGCGCGGAUCGCGCCGGUGAACCCCGUCGAGGAGCACCUGCUGAAGCUGCUCGCCAACGUCGAGGGUAGGAUCGACGUCGCGACGAACGAGAUCGCCGAGACGAAGGCGACCAAUGCGCGCAUUUUGAACGCUCUGGAACGGCACGCGCUUCACGGGAAGGACGCGAACUCGGAUUCGGAUAGCGAGUUUAUUUUAUAUAUACAGAUGUACACUGCCGAUGGAGUACCUGUAUGCACAUCUGAUUUAAAAAAGCAGCAACGUAAAAGGAAUAAUUGCACAGAGAAAAUUUUAGAGCUGACCUCGCAGUGGCAAUGUGUUCUUCAGGAUAAAUGGAUUAUUGGAGCAGAAUUGCACAACAGAUCCUGCUGUUUUCUUUGCAGCACACUGCUCAACCCCAGAUAUUAUCCGUACGUGCUACCCAUGCCGGACGAGGAGAUUUCCGGCGAGUCAACGUUCUGGAAGUUGAAAAGGGAACAUUUUUUCCAUUCGGAAAAGAUCAGCUCGAUCCAACCCGGAGCCGUUGUGGCGACAAUGGUGCUCGAUCUACCGACAUUCGAUCAGGUGCCUGUCGUCAAGUGCUGGGGUAUAAUCUCAUACGAGAUCGAUGAGACACAAUUCCAAAUCCCAUUGCCGCCGAUUCAGCUCUCCAUCGUCAAGACGAUCGAUAGUUCGUGUAUGAGACUCUUAGACAAGAGCAGGCAUAGCGGGAUACUAGCUCUGAAAAGCACAUCUACCGUAGAGAAGAUCGUUAAUGUUCAAUUCUCGUGGGACGAUCGAGACGAUCGAGACGAUCAAAUGAGUCUGAAUAAACUCUGUCGUUUUUUGACCGCGAUAACCUUCACGAAGGUUUGCGACAACGUUUUCUUGGUGAAAGAACACGGCUCCCUGACGUACUGUUUGGUCGAGGUACAAUCGAUCGAUGCCGACGAAACGAAUAUCAGGAUCUUUGCCAGAUCUGUCAACCAGCUGAAUAUAAUAUUGUAUCUUCUGCAAGACGAAUUUCCGGAUGUAUCCGUUGUGGAGGAGUCUGAUGAUUGCAUUGAGGCUGCGAACGCUCUGAAGCGCGAGCUAGAGAUGAUUCGCGAUAAGAAAAGCAUUCGCGAGAUACAAGAAGCGAGAGUGAUAACGGACUUACUUAUUCCUUAAGACUUAUUUAUCAUUGUUUAAGAUUGCAAAAGAUAUUUUUAUUGUUACGUAAUGUAAUAUAAUUAUUUGCAAUAAUAAUGUCGUGUGUAAAAAUAUAUCAAAAAAGUAAAAUAUUGUUGACAAUUGAUGCAGCAAUAUAUUAUGCACAAAGCUAACUAACUAAUCGACGAAAUAGAAAGAGCAGUAUUAAAUAAAUUAAGUUUUCA